AUGGUAGCUCCCUUUUGGGCUGACGUCAAUGGCAACAGGUUUACUGGAGUUAAGAACGUCUUCUUUCAGGUAUAUGAUAGCAGUGGUUCAACAAUGUUAUCUACUUUGAGUAGCAUCGUGUCUGCCCGGUAUGGCAGCUUCACUGCAGCCUGGGCCCUUGUCAUUACAUGGCGCUUUGUGGAAGCCAUUUCACCCAAUAAAAAUACCAACUCUUUCCAAGCUGUGCUUGUGACAGAUCACACUCAUGGCUAUGUUAUCUUCAACUACGAGCGCUGCGGCAUGAACUGGAACGAAAACCUCCUGCCAAACGACAACGUCAUCCAAGGCUUCACCUGCGGACAAUCUGGCAACAAAUUCUACCUGGACAUACCGAGCGACUUGCGUUUCCGCCCGGGAAAUAUGGUUGGAAAUACCGGGAUGUACGGGCGCUGGGUCCAGCAACUCGACAACCUACCAGACAAUUUUGUUAAUCCCCGCUUGUACUGUCGGAACUGGUACAGCAGGCAAUUUGUAACAAUGUCUACCCUUUUCUGGUGGUUUCAGACUGCUCACACGUGUCCAUGCAGUUGGAUGAAUGCAUUUUUGGACCCAAGGUGGACACACAUUGGUUUCAAUUAUUUCCUCCCAAAUUCAGGAAGCAGCUCAUCAGUCGCUGCUGUUUGCUAUGCCCGGAGGUUUCAGUUUCCUAAUAACGCGGGCCUGCUAUGCUGCUACAGUACAUCGACUUGGAGUCUUCUCCGGGGCGUCAGGAGUGCUGUAGUUGCUUCUGUCUUUGAGCAUUAUCCAGUCAGUCCCUUGUUUUCCACAGAAAGUUUUUACAACCAGCGGUACGAUCAGGAAGUACUGCCUCGGUAUUACUGCUGUUCAGCUUCUACACUCUGCCACCUCUACGAUGACUACAGACCGGCCAUGGGUUGCUGGAGAUACCGACCACCAUUUUGGUUCUGGUUCUGGGGAGAUCCACACAUCAAAUCCCUCGACGAAGUUGAGUACACCUUUAAUGGCCUUGGUGAAUACACGGUAGCGCUCAUUGAAAACGACAACGGAGCACAAAUCUUUGAACUACAAGGCCGGACGCAGCGAGCUACCAAUGCAGAAACCGGGGAACUCACGGAUGCAACAUUCUAUUCUGGGUUUGCUGCAGAGUAUCCUGGAGAAGGAAGGGUUGAGGUGAAAUUAAACAAAAGACAGAAAGCCGAUGACCUGAUAACUACUGUCAAUGGAGAUGUUGUCACGCCUACAACAGCAGGAUUGCUCAUUGGAAAUAUCACCGUCAAAAGGGAUGCAUCAACCAACAAAGUGGUCACCAUGUUCCCUGGCGACAUUCAGUUUACAGUAGGAGUAAACAACAGCAUUGGAGACAUUACUGUCCAGUUUGGGCAAACGUAUCGUGGAAAGACCAAAGGAUUACUUGGUGUUUGGGAUGACGACCAAAGCAAUGAUGCAACCAGACGUGAUGGUACUAUACAGCCAGCCACCGGUGACGGCGGAGAGAUGAUUGAAAGAGACUUCUAUAAUUUUGCUGAAACCUGGCGUAUCACUGAAGAGAAUUCUCUCUUCUACUAUGUGGGUGACGAGACUUGGGCAUUAUCCAACAACCACUCCUUCCAGCCAAGCUUCUAUGAAGACCUUGUCGCGGCUGCCACUCCGGAAAAACUUACAAAAGCUCAAGAGCUGUGCGGAGACAACAAGAUGUGUUUGUUUGACACACUGGCGACGGACGAUGAAAGCAUCGGACAGUCUACAGUGAUGCUGAAUGAAAUGAACUCUGCAAGCGAAAGUGCAGCAAAGAAUUUCCCACCAAACAUAACCGCUUCGGAUACCUUCAGAGUGAUGGUGGGAGUGGAAUUCGAAGAGCAACUGGAAGCCGUGGAUCCUGAUGGAGACGAUGUUGUAUUUUCAUUGGUUGAGCCAAUCGAAAAUGCAUCCAUCACCGAAGAUGGUGGUCUCUUUAAAUGGACACCGAUGGAAAAGUCCAAGGUCAUGGUCGGACUACUGGCAACAGAUGGCCAAGCUAAUGCCACACACGAACCAGUGGUGCAGCUUUGUGACUGCAUGAACGGUGGCACCUGCCUGUGGGAUGAAUUUGUGAUGGGCACGGAUAUUGUUGAAGACCGUUUCGGGGUGGUGCUUUGCGAGUGUGAUCCUGGCUGGAGUGGUGAGUUCUGUGAAGUGGAUUACGACGCCUGUGAGGACGGCCCCUGUUUUAUGGGCGUGGCUUGUUUUGAUGAAGCGCCACCGUCGUUGAACAGCACCUGUGGACCUUGCCCUCAAGGACUUGAGGGUGACGGCAGGUUCUGUCAGGAUAUCGACGAGUGUGAGCUAUACAAAGACGAGCCAGCCAGCAGCGGUGGACGUGGCUGCGAUCAGAUCUGUGACAACCUCCUCAUGGACUACAACUGCAGCUGUGAAUCUGGCUACUCCUUGUACAUUGAUAACAGGCGAUGCAUUGAUAUCGACGAAUGUGAAAUGGACCUGCACAAUUGUAACGUCAACGCAGUGUGCAACAACACCCAGGGCAGCUUUGAGUGCAAAUGUAAGCCAGGCUUCCGGGACGACUUUAUGGAUGGAACGUCGUGUACAGACCUCAUGGAAUGCAUGGACAACAGUAGCUAUACCUGCGACGAGAAAGCUAAAUGUGAAAACACCAUCGGCUCGUACCUGUGUGUGUGCAUUGCAGGAUAUGAAGGUGAUGGCAAGACAUGUCAAGAUGUGGAUGAAUGCACAAGGGACAUGGAUGAUAACUGUCAUGCUGAAGCUGAUUGCACAAACACCGUGGGGUCAUACACGUGUGCGUGUGGGGAUGGCUGGACUGGCGAUGGCACCAACUGCACCAACAUAGACGAAUGUGCCGCAUCGUUACCAGUCUGUAAUGAGAACGCUGAAUGUACGGACACUCAAGGCAGCUUUACGUGCCAGUGCAACACUGGUUAUGUUGGCAACGGAAUGAUGUGUGUGGAUUUGAAUGAGUGUACCACGGGUCAGGACGAUUGUUUGGCCGUUACUGGUGAGUGCAGCAACACAGUGGGUAGCUUUGACUGCAGCUGUAAGGAUGGAUAUACCGGAGACGGUCGGACAAACUGUACAGAUUUUGAUGAGUGUCAGGAGAGCAAUGAUUGCUCUGCGAACGCUAAUUGCACCAACACGGUGGGCAGCUAUCAGUGUGACUGUGUGACUGGAUACACAGGGGACGGACAGACAUGCACAGACAUUGAUGAAUGCGCUCUUGGACUCGACGAUUGCCAGCAAGAGUGCUCCAACACCGAGGGAUCAUUUGCUUGCAAUUGCAGUGCAGGUUUCACCCUUCAAGAUGGAGUUUGUCAAACUGAAACGAUGUGUUUGGGUACAAAUUGCACCCAGGGUGACUGCUACAGAGCCAGCAAUGCAGACAUGUGCCUCUGCUACUCAGGAUACGCAAUCGAUGGUGAUAACACUGUCUGUGAAGAUAUUGAUGAGUGCACAAGCCCGAGUGACCCUCACAUGUGUGGUGCCAACUCGAUGUGUGAUAACCUGGACGGCAGUUACGAGUGUCGUUGCCUUCCCGGCUAUGCUCUCAAUAGUGACCAACGGACUUGUGCAGAUGUGAAUGAAUGCCAAGCCGGUACUCAUAACUGCGACGCUAUGAGCCAGAUGUGCGCCAAUGACGAACCCUACUUCACUUGUGACUGCAAGCCUGGCUUCAGCAGCGAGAGUUUCAACGGAUCCUGCUCAGACAUCAACGAAUGUUUAAACGACACCUUGAAUGAUUGCCACAUCGACGCUGACUGCCUAAACAAUAACGGUUCCUUCACCUGCCAAUGCAAAGACGGAUUCACUGGCACCGGACACCUAUGCUUUGAUAUUGACGAAUGUUCCGUGCCCACCGACGACCCCAACUAUGCCAACUGCAGUCCCUUCGCAUCGUGCAUCAACCUGGCGGGGUCAUUCCAGUGCAACUGCACCAUGGGAUACGAAGGGGAUGGGCACAAUUGCCAAAAUAUCGACGAGUGUGACAGUGCGAUCGCCGCAUGUGCUACCUACAGUUCCUGCACGGACAACCCAGGCAGUUAUCUCUGCACGUGCGACGAUGGUUUCCGUGGUGAUGGCUUCACCUCGUGCGUCAACAUCGAUGAGUGUCAGGAGAACCCUGGCGUGUGUCACUCCUUAGCGACGUGCACAGACACUGCAGGGAGCCAUUUUUGCAACUGUAACCAGGGUUACCAAGGAAAUGGCACAUACUGUGAAGAUGUGAAUGAAUGCAUUACCGGUGCCCACGAGUGUGCAGCCAACAUAGCAGAGUGUACGAACAAUGUCGGUAGCUACAUGUGUGCCUGCAUGGGUGGUUAUGUCUCUGCAGAGGGAUUCCCAACCGGUAGACAGUGCGAUGAUGUAAAUGAGUGUGCUCUAAAUCUUGUCGACUGCGACACAUCAAACUCUCAAUGUAACAACACUAUCGGUAGCUUCACGUGUGAUUGCCUGGAGGGGUAUGAGAAGAAUGCAUUGGGCCUGUGUGAAGAUGUGAAUGAAUGUGAUGGUUCUCCAUGUACGAUGGCCAACUCCACGUGCGCCAAUCUGCAAGGGACAUAUGAGUGCAACUGCAUGUCAGGAUUCUAUCAGCAAAACUCAACGUGUCUGGUGGCCGAUUCAAAAGAGGCCUCUGCUGUGUUUGAAAUCAUCAAUGGAGUGGCUGUUAGCAGUGCUGGAUUUGAUCUGGCAACAGGCUCCGUCACCUACCGCCAAGAACUGAAGAGUUCGAUGGAGGACGCCUUCCUAGGUUCCUCUUUGAGUAGUUCCUUCAGAGAUGUCGUCAUCACAGACUUGACACUAAACUCGGACUCAUCAACAGCUCUGUUGUCGUUGGUCAUUAACUUCAAAAGUGGCUCUGGACACUCGGAUUUAGACAUCAUAAUGGCAUUGCUUGGCCAGCUGACGGGUAGCAGUGGGGGUCAGCUGGCUCCCGACCACCAGCUGACCAGACGGACAUUCAUCAUCGGCGACCCCAAGUGUGAUGUGACACCCUGCAUUAACAGUGGUGAGUGUGUUGAAGAAAACUUGGCCACGGGAGGAUACACGUGCAGCUGCCCACCGGGCUACAGCGGACAAAACUGCCAAGUCGCACCAUGUGAUGUCAACCCAUGUAUGAAUAGUGGGGAUUGUGCUGUUGACUCGACAACAGACACAGGCUACAACUGUACAUGCAGUCUAGGAUUCAGCGGCGAACGGUGUGAAACGAUAGCACCCUGUCAAAUGGGCCAUGAUUGUGAAAACGGAGCAACUUGCAGCAAUAAUCUGAACAUCGCUCGCGGGUACAGUUGCAGCUGCGUCGCUGGAUAUUCGGGAACCAACUGUGAAACUUGUUCGCUUUCAUGUGCGAAUGGCGGAACACUUGAUCCUGCAGCGUGUACAUGUACCUGUGCCAACAACUGGAGUGGACUGAGCUGUAACGAUUGUCAACUUUCCUGUACAAAUGUCGGUAUGCUGAAUGAGACAACAUGCCAGUGUGAAUGCGACCAAAACUGGAUUGGAAAUACCUGUAUUGAUUGCAUUUUGAAUUGUACCAGUGGCGGAACGCUCAACACUACUAAUUGUGAGUGUUCAUGUGCCCAGGGCUGGACUGGAGUUGACUGUUCAGAGUGCCCGCUGUCUGCAUCUAGUUGCGAAAAUGGAGGUGAAUUCGACGCAAACUUCUGCGAAUGUCUCUGUCCAUAUGAUUAUUCUGGACCAACUUGUGAAGUUGCCAGUCCAUGUUUGUCAGACACCUCUCUUUGCCCAGAUGCAGAAGGGAAGUUCUGUCAACCGGCUACCAAUGAUGAAGGCUUCAUCUGCCAAUGCAAUGGUUUUAAAGGAUUCUUUGCCAACAGUAAUGGUUCAUGUACACAACUCGGGUCACUCCCAUUUGUCAUGGCAUUAAACCUGCCGUUCCAAACUGCCUAUAACAACCCAGCAUCCGCUGCAUGGAAGAACCUUGCUGAAAUGGUUAUAUCAGCGCUCCGUGAGAAACUAAGGGACGAUAGUUCAACCAGCGGUGUGAUUGCGGUAACAGUUUUGAGCUUCCGCGCAGGCAGUGUGGUUGCACAGACGGCACUAGCAUUCCAAGGGCAACAACCCUUGGUGGAUGUCAUCAGCAAUGCAAUAGCAGCGGGUGGCACACUAAACGGCAUACCUCUUGUCCAGGGCUCUGUCGGCUACACAAACCCAUCAUCGUUAGCAGAUUGCAUGCAAGGUGAUUGCAUGAAUGGCGGCAUAUGCGAGAGGUCAGGCUUCACCCCUCAGCUAACUUGCAGCUGCACGGCAUCAUUUACAGGCGAGCGAUGCGAAAGUACAGUACCUACAACACCACCAGCAGAGACAACAACAACCGCAGCCCCGGGAGAUGGUGGUGUGUCACCUCUAGCUUUAGUUCUCAUCGCAGUCGGAUGUACUGUUACGCUGUUGGCAAUAGCAGGAUUAGUCAUGUGUUUAUGCAUGCUUACGAGGCGUCGGUAUGAUGCGGGUCGAAUCGGCCAUUGGUCAAGAAGACAGCAGCAGGGCUACAGUGCAGCUGACUACAGCGAGGAAGAAAGACGGAUGAGUCGUCUUGCUCAUGUCAUGAGCCGGUCACCUUUCCUUCAGACAAUGAAGUCUAAUCCAGAAUUCAUACGACCAUACGUGGCAACUGGCAAUGAGGCAUUGGAUCGCAUCCGAGAAGAUGAAGCGCGUGGUGGAAGGGAAGUAGCAGGCCGCUUGAUGUACAAUCGCCCCCUCUACCGCUAAACCAAGCAUCACUGGCCACGGCUUCCAUAGUGACAAGUAACUUCUAAGGAAUAAGUGGACCGAACGACCAAGCGAAGGCUAGCAGCUGUACCAUGAUUUCCAGUUCCUCAAACAUACAAGUUCAAGUAGAGAAUCAAUCCUCGUACUUCUUGUUUCUCGAAGAUGACUAAAAAGCAAACAGCAGUCUCUAACUAAAGUUAUCUCUGACUAUGAACAUAAUGUGGAUCCUUUUAUGCACCUAAUAUGUACAAGGGGACAUCAAUAAUAUGAAAUGAAGUUGAACGUUCAACAGUGUUUCUGUUUGUCUUCAGCAAUCUUCCAGCAUCGUACCUCAAACACGAUACAUGUAUAUGUAUUUCUUAUUUUGUUUCUAACCUAUUAAAACUCUACAAUUUGAUGGGACUGUUAAUUGAUUGGUAUAUAUAUUUUUUUUAGAUCUUUGUUUCUGAAUUGGUGUAUUUAAUCCGUAAUAUGGUUAUUGGGUACAUUUUUAAUGACUUUCAUUUUUAGAUGUUAAUCGAUGUUUCUACAUAGUACAUGUAUACGCUGCUUUUAAUUUGAUCCACUAUAUUUGUUUAUAAAAUUGAAUUUUUAUUAGUGAAAGGAUGGAAAAAAGGAAUGUAGUGUGUGUUAUAGAGUGUGCUUACCGAAUGAAGCCAUCACUAGCUCUUCCCACGUCUUGAAAGUAAUGUUCCAGUCAAAUAUCGAACAUUUGGAACAGUUGUCCUUUUUUCCAUCCGUUGUAUUGUAUAAAUGAAUAUAAUUUUGUUAAGGUUUGUGUUCAAAAAUAUACUCAGAGCAAUGCCAUUAAUGUAGACUACUACACCUAUGCCUCGAAAGGGUUCUUAGAAAUUCGGUGGGGCUUCCGUGGUAAAGUAAAACUUUACGUUAACACCGUCAUGUUUCCAUAGCUCAGUUAAAAUAGGCCCUUUCAAUACUUUUCAUUCGGAAGUUUACAGGAUCAUUUCAUAAUUUACGUAUGUUAGUCUGUACACAAAUCUAAGAAAACAAAUGAAUCAUGAGAGGUGUUUUGGCAAAAGAGACAGAAAGGGGGCAGAGGUCGAAACGGGGGUUUAAAAAGUGUUAUGAAAGAGGAUGAAAUUAUCCCAACAAUACUGUUUCUGGCAUUCCAAUCGGAUAUCACAUUGACAAGUUAUGGCUGUUUUAAGUUUGCAUAUAUCGGUAUGUCCAGUGUUAAUUGUAUUUGGUAAUCUUAGUUCGUUGACAUAUUCAAGUAGAGAACAUGUGUCUGUUAAGUUCAACAUAAUACCGAACUGUUUCGGCUAGUUAUGACCAUUGAGGAAUAAGUUAUGAAUUUACAACAGUAAGAAUGUAGUGGUUUUGGAUAGUCAUGUGCAACUUCAUGUGUUGUUAUUUUGAAGUCGUCUUAAUGUCAUCAUGUCGGUCUAUCACAAACAAUUUUUUUUGUAUGAAACCUAUUUCAGUAGCGUUUGAUGAGGCCGUAGUAGCAGUCCUAAUAAGCAAAAAGAGAUACAUAUAUUUUUAU